GGAUCAGAAACCCUCCAAAGCAUCAACAGCGCUCCUGUUUCUGUCUGUGAUGAUGUCAGAGGACCUUUUAAACACUCUGGAAGAUCUGGGAGAUGAAGAGUUUAAUAAAUUCAAGUGGUUCCUACAGCAGACCGAUGUCAUUCAAGGCCCCAUGACCAUCAAGAAGAGCCGACUGGAAACAACAAGCAGGUGGGACACCGUGGACCUGAUGGUGCAGACCUACAGACUUUCUGGAGCUGUUGAGGUGACCAGAAGGGUUUUAGAGAGGAUCAGCAGGAAUGACCUGCUGCUCAGUUUGUCUGUUAUCAGGUCCAGACCCGAAGUGAAUGUCAGUGAUUUGACCUCUCAGACUCAGGCUCCUCUUCCUCAGACUGAAGAUGUGAUGGUUCCAGUACCAGAGCCUCAACCCAUCACGCAUUACCAACAGAUGCUUCAAUCAAACUUCCAGGACAAGUUUAUGUGUGCACAAGAAGGGUGGGCAGAAGAUAUACAGCGUCUGGCUGAUAUCUACACAGAACUAUACAUCACAGCUGGGUAUGACAUACAUAUCAACAUACAGCAUGAGGUCCGGCAGAUUGAAAAGGCAUGGAAGCCGGAAGAAACAGAGAAAGCUGUUAAACCCACAGACAUAUUCAAACAUCCUUCUGGAGAAUACAGACCCAUUAAAACAGUGAUGACCAAUGGAAUCGCAGGAAUUGGAAAAACUUUCCUUGUUCACAAGUUUGUGUUGGACUGGGCUGAACAAAGAUCCAAUCAAGAUGUGCAUCUGGUUUUCCCCUUCACCUUCCGUCAGCUGAAUCGACUGAAGGGAGAAAAGUUCAGUUUGGCAGAGCUCAUUCAUGAAUGUAUCCCAGAAACUGUAGGCAUCACAGAGGAGGCUCUUAAUUACAUCUUUAAAGAUAUUCAGUCAUCGGGAAUCACCAACUAUGACAAAAGUAAAUUCAAACUUCUGUUUGUGUUUGAUGGGCUGGAUGAGAGCCGCCUUCAUCUCGACUUUCAUUCUGAAGAUAUUCGCUCUGUCGAUGUAACAAAGUCAACUAAAACAGAUGUCUUGUUGAGAAAACUCAUCAAUGGAAAAUUACUACGCUCUGCUCACAUCUGGAUAACCACACGGCCUGCAGCAGCCAAUCAGAUCCCUCGAGAGUUUAUCAGCAGCACAACAGAGGUCAGAGGGUUCACUGACCCACAGAAGGAGGAGUACUUCAGGAAGAGAUUCAAAGGUAAGGAGCAAGCUGUCAAAAUCAUCUCCCACAUCAAGACAACAGGAAGCCUCCACAUCAUGUGCCAUAUCCCAGUCUUCUGCUGGAUCACUGCUACAGUUCUAGAAGAUGUGCUGAAAACCAGAGGAGGACAGCUGCCCAAGACCCUGACUGAGAUGUAUGCAGAGUUCCUGGUGUUUCAGAUUGAUCGGACAAAAGAAAAGUAUGGCCCACAGAAAAGCAUUGAAUACAUUAAGUCAUUAGCAAAACUUGCCUUUCAGCAACUGGACAAGGGCAACCUGAUCUUCUAUGAAAAAGAUCUGAGAAAGAGCAGCACUGAUGUUAGUGAAGCCUCGGUAUGCUCAGGAGUGUUCACAGAGAUCUUCAAAGAAGAGCGAGGAAGGAAAGGGAAAGAUGAGAUGUUCAGCUUUGUCCAUCUGAGUGUUCAGGAGUUUCUGGCUGCUCUUUAUGUAAGGAUGUCACUUAAUAACAGCAACAUAAAUGUCAUGCCUUUACCACAACCAUCACUGAAAAACCUUCGACUGCUUUUAAGUAAGACAUCUUCAAAGAAGAUCCACAGGAUUUCCAUUGACAGGGCCUUGCAGAGUCCAAAUGGACACCUGGACUUAUUCCUUCGCUUCCUCCUGGGUCUAUCACUGCAGACCAAUCAGGAUAAACUGCAGGACCUGUUAAUGACGAAAGAUAGUGGCACAGAGACCAAUCGGAAAACAGUCCAAUACAUCAAGAAGAAGCUCAAUGAGAAUCUGUCUCCAGACAGAUGCAUCAAUCUGUUCCACUGUCUGAAUGAGCUAAAUGAUCGUUCUCUGGUGGAGGAGAUCCAACAGUCCCUGAGUUCAGGAAGUCUCUCCACAGAUCAACUGUCUUCUGCUCAGUGGUCAGCUCUGGUCUUCAUCUUACUGUCAUCAGAAAAAGAUCUGGAUGUGUUUGACCUGAAGAAAUACUCUGCUUCAGAGGAGGCUCUUCUGAGGCUGUUGCCAGUUGUCAAAGCCUCCCACAGAGCUCUGCUAAGUGGCUGCAAUCUGUCAGAAAGAAGUUGUGGAGCUAUGUUAUCAGUCAUCAGCUCACGGUCGACUAAUCUAAGAGAACUGGACCUGAAUAACAAUGACCUGUGGGAUUCUGGAGUGAAGCUGCUGUCUGUGGGAUUGGAGAGUCUACACUGUACACUGGAGGCUCUGAGGCUCUCAGGCUGUCUGAUCACUCAGGAUGGUUGUACUUCUCUGGUAUUAGCUCUGAACUCCAACCCCUCACAUUUGAGAGAGCUAGACCUGAGCUACAAUCAUCCAGGAGACUCAGGCAUGAAGCUGCUGUCUAGCUUACUGGAUGAUCCACGCUGGAGACUGAACACUCUUAGGCUGGACCAUGGUGGACAGCACAGGCUGAAACCUGGUCUGAGGAAGUAUUCCUGUGAUCUUAAACUGGACACAAACUCAGUGCACAGAAAACUUAAACUGUCCGACAACAACAGAAGAGUGACGGCAGUAACAGAGGAGCAGCCUUAUCCUGAUCACCCAGAGAGGUUUGAGUACUGGCUUCAGCUGCUGUGUACAAAUGGUCUGACUGGUCGCUGUUACUGGGAGGUUGAGUGGAGCGGAGAGGUUCACAUUUCAGUGACUUACAGAGGAGUCACAGGGAGAGGAGGCAGCAAUGACAGCAGGUUUGGAGUAAACAGUCAGUCGUGGAGUUUGAGGUGCUCCGGUGCUGAUCAGUACUCUGUGUGUCACAAUAACAGGAGAACAGACCUCUCCUUCUCCUCCUCCUCCUCCUCCUCCUCUGUCUCUAACAGAGUAGCAGUGUAUGUGGACUGUCCUGCUGGCACUCUGUCCUUCUACAGAGUCUCCUCUGACACUCUGAUCCACCUCCACACCUUCAACACCACAUUCACUCAAACUCUUUAUCCUGGGUUCUGGUUAUUGUCAUAUGGUUCUUCAGUGUCUCUUUGCUCUCUGUAGUGGGGGAAGCCUCCACAGAAACACUUCAGCUCAGGGUGGUACUCAAAAAUCAGUAAUCCUAGUAAACUUGGUGUGUCAUGGGUCUGGGUCAUUUGACCCAGGACUAUGACUUUCUUGUGUUUUGGUGAUUGUUAUGUAUAAUGAUUUUAGGUUCAUUAGUUAGUCUUGAGGUUAUUCUGUGUUCUGAGUUCCUUGUGUUUCCUGUUUACUUUCUUGUGUGUUAGGUUCCCCUUACAUUUUGGUCUCUCCUCCGUGUUUCCAGUAUGUGUCUGUUGUGACAUCUGUUGUAAGAGCCAAUUAAAGGCUAGUUUCUUGGUACUGGUAAAAUGAUUAUAAUGAGAAAUAUAACUUUUUGUUGUUAAAUAUAUAAUUUCCAGUUAAUUUCCAAAUGCGGUUAUGGUAAAAACAUAGGAUAUGGAAAUGUGAAGUUCUGGUGUGCUUACGUAGUUGGGGAGUCAGAUAGGCUGGAAGCAAUGCAGUUUUUUGACCAA